AUGGAAUCAGUCGUGUAUGAGAACUCGCCUUUGGCUGAAUAUUUGGAAGGGGAGGGUGGAAACGAAGAGAGCUGGCCCGUGGAGGAGAAUCAAAGCGACGAUGAUCAUACCCGUACCUUCAACUUUGCCCCUCAGGGGUCCUCCAAAUUCCAGGAUCGCAUUCGAAACAAGUUGCCGAAGCCUCUCAAUCUACGAGGCACACCGCAGGGGGAACUAGUCAAGAAACUAUAUGACGCUUGCUCGUCCGCCCUGAACGUCCGAUUAGCACGAAGUGACAACGAACGAUUUUUGGAACAAUUUGGCUACGUUAUUGUCGCGUCGCAACUGUUAAACGAACACAGCGCUCCUUCCUACACAUCCGCUGCAGAUGUCCUAUCUGCAAAACAACCCUCAACUCUCCCGUCCCUAUCUACAACUUUUGGAAUUCAAGGCGCCAUUGUCACAGCCCUCACAUCCUUCUCUAUUGCUUGGUUAUUACACUGGACCCGCUCAAGAACUGGGUCAGGGCUCAGUCUCAAGAAAGUUGGAGUGCUUCUGGUAUUUGUGCCCGCUGUCGGUAUAUUUUUCUAUGCUUUUGCAAAACGACAGUGGUUGAAAUAUCUCCGGCACCAGGCUGUUGAAGCAGCUGGGACCUUCAUUGGAAAUGCUCAAGGGUUUGAUUCGGCUGCGUCGGCUUCCGUGGUCUUUAUUCAGGAGGUUGAACUUGUGUCAAGAGGUUAUCGGAUAAGUACUCCUCUGCCACCCAUCAGUCGACUGGAGGAUGUAGUACAAACGCGACGGUGCUUGAGAUUGCGCCGAGCGGUUUCCGAAUGCUUCUACUCCAUGCUCGAGCGCUAUAUUAAAUCCCAGAAUACUUUGCGCCCGCUCACUGAUGAAGGUGAUCUUGCGAAAUAUUACGACAUUUAUGACAUUGGACUGGAAGAACUCGAAGCAAUUGAGACGUCCCUUUCGCAGCGAACCAACGAGGACCAGUACUCGUUGCGCUCCCUGAGGGAUCUGUUUGGAAAACUUUACAGCGUGAGAAAAAGCGUGUUGUGUUGCUUACUGGCCCUCAGCGCCGAUGGUGGUGGCUCCGAUAUUGCUCGGUGGAGUUCUGCUGUUGAGGAAAUGCGUGAGCUUGCUGCGGUGACCGGCAACGGCAUGCUGAAAAUGACAACCAUUUUAAACGAAGAGGACCGUGAUAAUAUUCCUCCGUCCCCAUUACCUUCCGCCUCGCCAAGCAAGGAUCACCUGCGUGCUCAAUUUAGACGGCUCAACUCUUUAUCACAAGGGGUCCGUGCCUUACAUGCUAAAAUGCACAUUGCCAGCGAGGAGUCACAUGCCAAUCUAGAACGCACAGACCCUGAUUUUGAAGCCACCCUCCUGGCACAAUAUGACUCGGUUGGGAGUGAUCUUAGGGCUCUUCUCCAAGAGUGGGAAGUUGGAAGAGCCGCACUGGUAAACCAACACGAUCGCCUUAGCGUCGGGGAUCGCUCGCGACCGCCAAGUACUUUCUUGUUACCCAUGUCCCCCACCCCUAGCCUGGGAGGAUCUACGGCAGUCGAGGGCAGCCCGACGGAUGCACUGAAAGCCUUAACUGGCGAGGGCCGGCCGGAUCUGACCCAGACCUAUGAUGAUGAGGAAAUUUUCGAAGCUGUUGUACUCCCGGCAUCGAGAAACAAGAGAGUGUCUUUGACAAGAGACGAGCGUCUCGCACGUGUACGAGAAGACCGUGCCAGACAGGCGAUUGCCAGAGAAAAGGUAGAUGCCAGCACUAACAUGCUUAAGGAAUUGGAAAUGGUCAUCAAGCAGCGACCAGGAAACAACUCUGCGAAACGAGUUACCAGCAUCUAA